AUGGAACCCCAGAAAUCCAAUUGGUCGGAGCUUUGCCCUGAACUCCUCUUAGAAAUCGCCUAUCGUCUCGAAACAAGAACCAACGUCUACAAUUUCAGAGCAGCUUGCAAGAAUUGGCAUGAUUCUCUCUCUAAAAUCCCGCGAAAUCUCCCUUUUCUCUCUCCUCUUUUCCCUCACAGAUUCUGGGCCUUUGAUUCCGACUUCUUCUCUACUAUAUCUAGUGGGAACCUCCACCAUCUGAUCGCCUACGCUGUGUGUUUGAUCCGACCUCGGAACAUUCCAGAAUCUACUAAACCUUGGCUUCUUACUGUCGAAGAAUUUCGCCGAGGUAAGCUCUGUAUUCAACUCCCUUUAUCUAGAAUUAGAGCUUCUGGUAAUUUUCCAGCAAAUGUUCAAAUUCCCAGUUCUUUGAAUUUGUCUGAUUUUCAUAUCUCUGUUAUUGGUAAUGGGUACCGUUUAAGAUCAUCGGGUAUGGAGCGUUUGAAUGGUGGUAGGUUGAGUUAUGAUUAUAAAUUGGUUUUGUUUGGAAAUCCUGCUUGUUUUGAGCCUUUGUCUAUUAUGGAUUACACUGCUUUGGUUUGGUUUGAACAUGGUCGUGUUGGGUGGGUGAGGUUGUCGAGGAGAUCAGAUUGGGGGUUUCUAGCUUUUAAGGGAACCUCGAAAUUUGAUGACAUUGUGAAUUUUAAGGGGCUGGUUUAUGCUAUUGAUCGAAUGGGGAGAGUUUAUGUUGUCCAUUAUGAUUUAGAAUGGGCAAAAGGGGUGCAUUUUCAACAGACAUUGAAGAUGGAAUGUAUCGCGAAUGAUAUGAUUUCUAGUGGGUGUGACAGCGAUAGGAGGAAGCGAUUGGUGGUGGAUUCUUCUGGGGUGUUGUAUGUAAUUGAGAGGGUUAUCUAUUGUGGUGAAAAGGUGCAUUUUAAAGUCUAUAUGCUGGAUGAAGUUAAUUGUAAAUUGGAUCAAAUUGUUGGCAUUGGAGAUGGUAGAAUACUUUUUGUGGGUGUUGAUUGUUGCCUCUUUGCAUCAGUAGCUGAUUUUCCGGGUUUUAGAGGAAAUUGCAUAUUGUUCUUAGAUGAUUCCUUCCCCUUGUAUGGUGAGGGAAGAGCAUAUAGCGAGCCUAUUAUCAAUGGAGCUAGGAAGGAGUUGAGAGUUACCGUAUAUCACUUUGAGGAUGGUGAUGCUAAGCCAAUAUCAGCCUUUUCUGGAUAUUCUGACAUAUUAUGGCCACCUUCAGCAUGGUUCUAUCCAGAUUUGUCUCGGCCUUGA